UGGCUUCCAGGGCCUGAUUGUGUUUUCUGUUUUCCAGUAUGCUCAGGCUACAGAAGAGGCUUGCCUCUAGCGUCCUUCGCUGUGGUAAAAAGAAGGUCUGGUUGGACCCCAAUGAGACCAAUGAAAUCGCCAAUGCCAACUCCCGUCAGCAGAUCCGGAAGUUGAUCAAAGAUGGGCUGAUCAUCCGGAAGCCUGUGACUGUGCAUUCUCGCGCCCGAUGCAGGAAAAACACUUUGGCUCGACGGAAGGGCAGGCAUAUGGGCAUAGGUAAGCGGAAGGGUACUGCCAAUGCGAGAAUGCCCGAGAAGGUGACCUGGAUGAGAAGGAUGCGGAUCCUGCGUCGACUUCUCAGGAGAUACCGUGAAUCCAAGAAGAUUGACCGCCAUAUGUACCACAGCCUGUACCUGAAGGUCAAAGGGAAUGUCUUCAAAAACAAGCGGAUUCUCAUGGAGCACAUCCACAAGCUGAAGGCAGACAAGGCCCGCAAGAAGCUCCUGGCUGAUCAGGCUGAGGCUCGCAGGUCUAAGACCAAGGAAGCACGAAAGCGCCGGGAGGAACGUCUCCAGGCCAAGAAGGAGGAGAUCAUCAAGACUCUGUCCAAGGAGGAAGAGACCAAGAAAUAAAGCUUCCCUAGUGUCUGUACAUAGUGGGCUGCCUGUGGCCUCAGGAGGAUUAGUUAUUAAAAUAAAACAAGCCUUUGUCUGUU